UGAUAGCGAUUUAAGAGUGUUUGGCUCAUACAGGCCCAAACCGAAUGCAAAUAUCAGAGGUUCCAAACAGCGCCUAGGGUUUACAGUUCUAUAAAUACCAAAAAUUCAGGCUCUUCUAUUCUCACACGCAGUUUCUAACCAUUACCAAAUCCGAGCCAUGGAUCCUUUGCCUGAGCCUGUGAGUUACCUUUGUGGUGACUGUGGAGUGGAGAAUACCCUGAAGCCAGGCGAUGUUAUUCAGUGCCGGGAAUGUGGUUAUAGAAUCCUGUACAAGAAGCGCACUCGUCGCAUUGUCCAAUAUGAGGCCCGUUAAUAAGUUUUUGAGGACCUUGACAUGUAAUCUCUAUGAAUCAUCUUCAAAACAUUAUUAGAAUCUCUGAUCUGUAUAAAUUGUAAGAACACCUUUUGGUUACAAUGGGAUAACUCUGCUUAUUUCA